AGGGCAUAUCCGUCCGUCCGUACAUGUAACUCAUUUCUAAAUAAUCAUUUAAACUAAUAUGCUAUUAUGUCUAACAUUAUAAGAAAAUACUUGCAGAUUUUGUUUCAUAUAUCCUUUUAAAAAUAUAUGUCAAAGGUGAAAGGUCGUGCCUCUUAGCGCGGGAAACAGGUUUGUGCUUGCCCGCCAGAACACUUCAGUCGGCAGUCUGGACCUAACGUUAACGUUAUAUCAUAUCGCCACGCAGUUGGACGUCCUCUGUUGCCGUUUUGAAAUGUCUGAGAAUAAAUUGAAAAGAGUUGCAUUCCAGGGACUGGCCCCUGUGGACACCGAAUGCACCAGACUGCUGGGCAAGGCCCAGGUAUACUGUGAAGGGAACACUGUUUGGGAUGCCAUGCUGAACCAGACAAACUUGCAGUUUAACAACAACAAGUACUACCUACUACAACUCCUGCAGGAGACCCGCACCAAGAAGUUUUAUGUGUGGUUAAGGUGGGGAAGAGUUGGGAAAAAAGGACAGAACAACUUGAUAGAGUAUGGAUUCAACUUGGAUGAAGCCAAGGAAAUGUUCACCAAAAAAUUUUUCGACAAGACAAAGAAUGAAUGGGCAAAUCGUAAGAAGUUCUGCAAAGUUGCUGGGAAGUACGAUCUUCUGCAGAUGGACUACAGCCCAAAGGAAGAGGAGGAUGCUGUGGAUGCUGGUCCAAAAAAGAAGAAGAUUAAACUAGAGUCCAAGCUGAAUGAAAGAGUACAGAGCCUUAUUGAGCUCAUAUGCAAUAUCCAAACCAUGGAGGAUGCAGUGAAAGAGAUGAAGUAUGACACCAAGAAAGCACCACUGGGCAAACUGACCAAGGAACAGAUCAAACUGGGAUACAAGGCACUAAAACAGAUUGAGUCCUGCUUGGAUGGGAAGACAUCAGGAAGCAAGCUGGUACAGGCCUGCAAUGACUUCUACACACGCAUUCCGCAUGACUUUGGAAUGCGCCAGCCUCCUGUUAUUCGCACUCAUGAAGAGCUGAAAGCCAAGCUCAAAUUGCUGGAAGCCCUGGAUGACAUUGAAGUUGCCAUGACCUUACUGAAAGGGAAGACUGAUGAUGAUCAGCACCCUGUUGACAAACAGUACCAGUCCCUGAAGUGUAAGCUGGAGCCAAUGGAACACACCCAUCCUCACUACAAGAUUGUGGAACAGUAUUUACAGAACACACAUGCUAAAACACAUGGCCACUACACCAUGGAGGUACAGGAUGUUUUUGCUGUCCAAAGAGCAGGAGAAGCGGAGGGCUUCAACGAUGUUGGGAACAGAAUGUUGCUGUGGCAUGGGUCCAGACUGACCAACUGGAUGGGCAUCCUGAGCCAGGGUCUGCGAAUAGCACCUCCUGAAGCUCCCGUCACUGGGUACAUGUUUGGGAAAGGAGUAUACUUUGCAGACAUGUCAUCCAAGAGUGCCAACUACUGUUAUCCAACUACUAAGAACAACACUGGACUGGUACUGCUGUCUGAGGUGGCCUUAGGGAACACUAACAACCUGCUAGCUGCUGACUACCAAGCAGACAAGCUGCCAACAGGCAAACACAGUGUGUGGGGCAAGGGGAAGAUGGCUCCCCAUCCUGACAGUUACCACGUCAUGGAGGAUGGAGUGAUUGUUCCCUUAGGCAAAGGGACAAAUACAGGAGUCACCAACCCUAAUGGGUACACUCUCAACUAUAAUGAAUAUGUCGUCUAUAAUGUUAGCCAGAUUAAGAUGCGUUACUUAGUCAAAGUGAAAUUUGGCUUCAAAAUGCAGAUGUGAUGUAGCCAGCAACUUGGAGUAUUCACCAAAUGUGUUAGCAGUUACUUGCAGUAUUUUUUGUAAACUGUUCAUUAGUCAUUGUUCAAAGUAGUUAUAGAAAUCAUAAUGUAUGGGUCUACUGCUGUUUUAAAUACAACUAUAAUUUUACAGCAGGUCCCUCCUGUUUUACAGAUAUAGACUUUAAAGAAUACUGUAACUAUCAGAGAAUAUGUAGCACAGUACAGAUUUAUACAACACAAUGUAUAUCGCUACAUUUGUAUACUUACUUAAUAGGCUUCUUCCUUUUUCCCACUCACUAUAUACAUGUAGAUUGUCUAGUAUAGGAAAUUAUUAUCAGAGGAUACACGUACAUUUAGCACCGAAACAAGAGCUACCAUGCCCAGUCAAGAUUGUAUGCCAUGAUAACAUAUAUAAUCCGUACAUUGCAUUAUUGGUUUUAUUCAACACCCUGUACAGUAGGGGCCAGGGGGAGAAUGUUGUAAAUUUCUAAACUUGUUUUCCGAGAUUUGACAAGGUUUACCAUAUUACUAACAAGCAAUGUUAUAGUUGUAAGUGAGACAUGUUCUCAAAUACCUAUUUUCUCUAUUAAGUAAGGCAAGGUAUAAGAUAAUCACCAGUAAACACAUUUCCAUGGUUUUCAAAA